AUGAACAAAGAACUCGAAGACGUAGUUUCCUCUAUAAAGUCCAAACUCCAAGCACUAACGAGCAACAAAAAGGGAGACUCGGGGACAGUGCUUAUAAUAGGAGGAAGCAGACUCUACACAGGGGCACCUUACUUUGUCUCUUUAGCAGCGUUCUAUACUGGAUGUGAGCUAGUAUAUGUAUUCUCCGAGGAAGAGUCCAUCAUUCCUUUGAAAAUAUUGCUCCCCGAAUCUAUAGUUUGUGGCAUUGAGUAUCAGGAGUGGCUCCUUGAAAAGGUUUCUGCGUGUGUAAUUGGCCCUGGACUUGGGAGGCCAUCGGAGGAAACACAAGAAGAAAUAAGAAAGAUACUACUACACCUAAGCCGAAGAAAUGUUCCUGUGGUUGUAGAUGGAGAUGGAAUAAGGUUGGCGGAGAAACUUGGAAUCGAAAAUUUUGGAACUGUCAUCAUUACACCCAACAUCAACGAGCGAAAACAUGUCGAAAAGAUUGAAAAAAGAUUUUUCUAUGUUCUGAAAGGCUCUACCGAUGUGAUCUUGUGGUCAGGUAGGGAAAUAAAAAUCGAAGACGAAGGAUGUCCAAAGAGAAUAGGAGGACAGGGAGACAUCCUAGCAGGCACUAUAGCAUCACUUGUUUCAAAGUGUAAGGCACCUGCUAUGGAGAUAGAUGUACUUGGAUCUAUAUUACUUGGAUGUAUGAUGGUUAGAAAAGCAGGAAGACUUGCAUAUCAAAAGUACAAGAGAGGUUUAAUAACCAGAGAUAUACUGGAAGAGCUCAAAACCAUCUUUAAAAUUGAGUUUGAGUAA